CCGGCCCAUAAAGACAGACCUAAUCAUCCAUGGCCACUGCAUUCCCUAACGCAACUCUGUCCAUUCUCAAAACCCUACAGAUAAAUACCUCAACCUCGAUGUGCGGCAACUUUUCUCCGCUCACCAUCUUAUCGGCGGGUCGCUGCAGCUAGAGAAGAAAUGGGGAAAGGGACAGGAAGCUUUGGGAAGAGGAGGAAUAAGACCCACACCCUCUGCGUUCGAUGUGGUCGCCGGAGUUUCCACCUUCAAAAGAGCCGUUGCGGUGCUUGUGCCUAUCCUGCCAGCCGCGUCAGAAAAUAUAACUGGAGCGUGAAGGCUAUUCGCCGAAAGACAACUGGAACCGGCCGCAUGAAGUACCUCCGUCACGUCCCGCGCCGGUUCAAAACUAACUUCAGGGAAGGAACACAAGCAACUCCAAUGAACAAGGGAGCUGCUGCAGCCUCUUCGUAAGCCUUAAAAGGGCAAUGCAAGUCUGUUUUGUUUUCAUAUUUAUCACUGUUUAAUAGACAUUCCUUGUAUGCUGAGAGUUUUUUCAGAACAUUAACAAGUAUUUACUGUUAUAUCAUGAUUUUGGGUGCUUAUUA